UGUUAAUAGUAAUCGUAAAAGUAAUUGGAUAAUACUGGUAAUAGGUAUAUAAAAAAUAAAAUAUCUAAAUGAGUAAAUGGCAUUUCGCCACACUUUCGAAUGAUUAUCUAAGAACCGUAUAGGUAGGUUUGAGAUCGUGACUUAUUUUUUUUUUUUUUUUUAUUUGUCUUUGCCAACAAUUCACUACAUCACAUAUAAAUCUUUUUCUUUCGGUGAAUUCAAAAACUACCAAACUGAUUAUAAAUUGUAUAUACUUAUAAAACGCUUCUUCAUGAAUUCUGUUCAUAAGUUUAGCAUUCCAAUCAGAACUUUAUUUGGAAUACAAUUUAAGAAAAUGUUAUCAAAUAUUGCCAAACCGCUAGAAGGAAAAGUAGCGAUUGUCACUGCAUCUACUGAUGGGAUUGGUUUUGCUGCUGCUAAACAAUUGGUCAGUGAUGGAGCAUCUAUCAUGAUUUGCAGUCGUAAGAUAAAUAAUGUAAAAAAUGCAUUAGAACAACUUCAAAAAGAAUUUGGUGUUAACAAAGUUAAAGGACUUGUGUGCCAUGUAUCAAAAAACGAUGAUAGAACUAAUUUAAUCCAAGAGACUAUUAAAAUCUUUGGUGGAAUUGAUAUUCUUGUAUCAAAUGCUGCAACAAAUCCUACAUCAGGUCCAGUAUUAGAUUGUGAUGAAGAAGUAUGGGAUAAAAUAUUUGAUGUUAAUGUUAAAAGUGCGUUUUUGUUAACAAAAGAAGUAGCACCUCAUCUGAUUUCUAGAGGUGGAGGUUCAAUUGUCUAUGUCUCUUCAAUAGUUGGUGUCAAUCCAAUGCCGAUGCUGGGAGCAUAUUCUGUUAGUAAAACAGCGCUUCUUGGUUUGACAAAAGUAGUGGCUAUGGAUUUGGCAGAGAAUAACAUAAGAGUCAAUUGUAUAGCUCCUGGUAUUGUUAAAACAAAAUUUGCAUCAGCGCUUACGGAAAAUGAAUCGCUUAGUGAUCAUUUAUUACAAGCGAUACCUAUUAAAAGGUUUGGUCGUCCCGAAGAAAUUGGUUCUAUUAUAUCAUUUCUUUGUUCACCUGCUUCUUCCUUUAUAACAGGUGAAGUAAUCGUGGCAUCCGGUGGAAUGACAUCCAGGCUUUAGUAAUGUAAUUUAAAUUAUUGAAUUGAAACAAUCAAGAUAAAAUUAUUGAAACAACAAUAUUCUAAAAUAAUCAAAAAUUGUUAUGAUUAUUAUUUAUAUCUUAAUAGUCUUAAGCAAAGUUCCAUAAACAAUUGAUUCAUAUAAUUCAAUUUUUAAAUUUAAUGGUUUACUAAAAUUUGAUUGGUCAAUUGUGGGUAACUUAAUCAUGAUUAGGGUCUAAUAAUUCUCUAUUAAAUUAUUAAAUCUUUAGUUAAUAUUUAUGCAACCUGUUUAUACAUAAAUUUAUAGUUGCUAAUUACUUUUGAAAUUAUAUUAUUUGG